UCAGUCCCCGUGCGGAGCCCCGGGAGCAGGGGAAGCUAGAGGGAAGGCAGGCGAGCACGGGCAUAGUUUCAGCCUGAACGUGUUCGCUGCUGCCGCUUCUGCUGCCGCUGCCGCCGCUCCUGCUGCCGCUGCUGCUGCUGCCGCCGCCGCCGCUGAUUCUCUUCUAGUCAGCAACUUCUUGACAACCCCUGGUUUACUCGCCAGGUCACCCCUACUCUGCCUCUGCCCCUGACACUCUCCCGCCAGCCUUAAGGCAACUGCGACACUUGAUCACCGUGGGCUAGAGAGGAGUCGGACCAGACUCAAGGGACAAGAGGACCGCCUCUGCUGGGACCCUUCUCCUUCUCUAAAGGUGGGAAGUGGGGGAGGCACCAGUGCUCCGGGCCACCUCUGCCUCGCUCCCCACCCCUUUCUUGCCCAGGCUUGCCUCUCAGGUUUGGGAGACUGGGUCUGAGGGCAGUAGGUGAAUGUUCGCCGUGCUCCACGGCCCAAGCGCACGGAAGAGAAGCGACUCCAGAGCCUGGCCCGGUGGAGGGGAAGGGCAGGCAAGUUUUCUUUUUCCUUGAAAUGUCAGACCCUGGGAGCUUGUGCGUCAAUUUGCCAGAAGAAUUCUCCCUUCUAUGGAUGAACAGGCAUCUGCCAAGUUUUUGAGAAGGCUCAAGGUUUAGAAGAAGGCUCAUAUAAAAAAAGGCACAUUAAAAUGACAUUGUAGUGCUGGAACCCUUCUCUGGUCUCCCAUGUGACUGAAAGAAGACCUAUUUGCCAGCUUCCUCUUUCAACCAGAGCCCAGAUUACAGACUCUAGAACAAAUGGGCAGUUGAUUCAGUUGGUGACAAUCAGAAAUGGAGAGAUCCAAAGAGGUAUCUAUGGAAUCAGGACUUGGUGGGGCAGAAGGAGCCUUUUAUAUGCCAGAAUGAAAAUUUCACUGAGGCUAGAAGAUGAAUCAAGGGAAAUAGCAGUUUGGGGUCUUUGAUCUGAUAAGAAGAUGCUACGGUUUACUCAGUGGGAUCUGAAAGUGACCAGAGUCUGAGUAGAGCUAUCCCUACAAGGGCAGCUGGUUGUGGUCCUGGACCCCACAGUCAAUGAAAGCCUAUACAUUCUACCCAUAGGAAAAUGUUUGGAACUUGCCACAUGAAAUGAGUAGCUUUCUGUUUUACUACAUACGCUAUACCAUGAUAGCAUUGGCAGUCUUUAGAGUGAAAUUGAGAAACUGAAGUUGCUCGUGUUGAAUGACUGUCCUCUGGGCUAAGCAAGCAUCUCUGAGCCCAAAGUCAAGUUAUUUUCCAUGUAGAUCAUUGUUGGAGCAGUUGAGCUGCAACUGGCCUCACCUUGCCCAGCCCACUGACCUCUUAAACACUGGCUAACACCCAUUGGACACCACAAUGGAGACUGUGAGCCUCCCAUGGACGAUGACCACGGUGUAUGUGAAUGGAGGCCUGGGGAACCCCCGCUAUGCCAGAUGGAAUCACCGGGAGAGCAUUGAGGACUGUGGCCAGACUGAGCGCUGCCAGGGAGAUGGGGAGGGGCAACAGCACAGGCUGACUCCAUUUGAGAAACUCAUGCGGGACAUGUCAAAGGAUGAGAAGGUGGUGAGAGAAAUCACACUCGGGAAAAGGAUUGGCUUCUACCGGGUCCGAGGGGAAAUUGGAAGUGGAAACUUCUCUCAGGUGAAGCUUGGAAUUCACUCCCUAACCAAAGAAAAGGUGGCUAUUAAGAUCCUGGACAAGACCAAGUUAGACCAGAAAACCCAAAGGCUGCUGUCACGUGAGAUCUCCAGCAUGGAAAAACUGCACCAUCCCAACAUCAUCCGCCUUUAUGAAGUUGUAGAGACUCUGUCAAAGCUCCACCUGGUGAUGGAAUAUGCCGGAGGUGGAGAGCUCUUUGUGAAGAUCAGCACUGAGGGGAAGCUCUCAGAAACAGAAAGCAAGCUCGUUUUCUCCCAGAUCGUGUCGGCAGUGAAGCACAUGCAUGAAAAUCAAAUUAUUCAUAGAGAUCUGAAGGCAGAAAAUGUAUUUUAUACAAGCAAUACCUGUGUGAAGGUGGGUGAUUUUGGAUUCAGCACAGUAAGCAAAAAAGGUGAAACCCUGAACACUUUCUGUGGGUCUCCUCCAUAUGCUGCCCCAGAGCUCUUUAGGGAUGAAAAUUAUGUGGGAACUUACGUGGACAUCUGGGCCUUGGGGGUCCUCUUAUAUUUUAUGGUGACUGGUACCAUGCCGUUUCGAGCAGAGACAGUGGCCAAACUGAAGAAGUGCAUUCUCGAUGGGACAUACAGCAUACCCCCUCAUGUCUCCAACCCCUGUCAGAGGCUGAUCCGUGGGGUUCUGCAGCCAAUACCCACAGACAGGUAUGGCAUUGACUACAUCCUGAACAAUGAAUGGAUGCAGGGGGUGUUACACCCCACUCCCUUGGAACCCUUCCAACUAAAUCCCAAGUAUUUGUCAGAAAAAAGCACACUUAAGGAAGAAGAGAAUGAGGUCAAAAACACCUUAGAAAAUCUGGGUAUAACUGAAGAGCAUAUUAGAAAUAACCAAGGGAGAGAUUCCCGCAGCUCAAUCACUGGAGUCUACCGUAUCAUUUUGCACAGAGUACAAAGAAGAAGGGCUUUAGAGAGUGUCCCAAUAGUGACCCUGCCAGACCCCAAGGAAGGAGACUCAAAGAAAGCAUCCCGUGUUUACCGGGGCAUACGACACACAUCCACAUUUUGUUCAAUUUUAUAAAUUGCAUUAGACUGUCAAUGAAUUUAAACAUUGUUUUUGGAUUUCUUUUUAAACUUUUCCACAAGCAACUUAGGUUAUGAACAUUUUCUAAUUUUAAAUAAACUCAAAUGGUAAUUUUGUAAUCUAUUUUUCUUUCAAACUGACAAGGCAAUAAACCCCACUCAAAUUUU